AUGAGUCGCUCACGCUCGCCAACGGAUCGUCGUAGUCCGUCUCCGCGUUCUGCCUCGCCCCAGGAGGCGGUCGAUGUACCCGCCAAGCGCAAGAGGUUCGUCUGUCGUCCCAUCCUCGCUCGCUCGGCAACUGACCCGUGACUUGGACACUCUGUUUGCCACCCUUCUCGUAGGACCGACGCCUCUCGAUCACCUUCCCCGCCCUCUCACCGACGAAGACCACGAGAUGCAUCGCCCCCGGCUCUCGACGCGCUGGCCUCGACGGUCGAGAUGCCCCAGAUUCACGACCGCGACCCCGUACGACGACGAGAACGCGAGCGACAGAUCGCCCUCGACCUCGCCAACGCCGAACUCAGAGCUGCGACAGAACACGCCGUCGUGCGCCGAGUCGACCCCGUACAAGAGAUGAAGCAGAUGGCCUCGACCAAGGGCGGCGGAGCCUACAUCCCGCCGCACCGACUGAGGGCCAUGCUCGCCCAACAAGCCGACAAGGACCCCUCUUCGGCCGAGUACCAACGACUCACCUGGGAGGCACUGCGAAAGUCCCUCAACGGUCUCAUCAACAAGGUCACUGCCUCCAACAUCAAGCUCAUCGUACCGACGGUCAGUUGCCGCUCUCCGUCGCCCCUCUUCCGCGCGCGAUGUCACGCGAUCCCUUCCCCUCUUGUGGGCGAGAUCCCACUCGAGCAGACCCUGAUCUAUGUUCCUUUGACGUUGACCAGAUCUUUGGCGAGAACCUGAUACGUGGUCGCGGUCUGUUCGCGCGUUCCAUCAUGCGCGCCCAGGCGUCGUCCUUGCCCUUCACCCCCGUCUUUGCCUCGCUCGUCUCCGUCAUCAACAGCAAGCUGCCCCAGGUCGGCGAACUGCUGGUGCACCGACUGAUCCAUCAGUUCAAGCGCAGUCUCAAGCGUAAUGACAAGGUCGGUCUCCGGAAGCAAGACUGAGGGUCCGCACCCCUUGUGACGCACCCAAGCUGACCUCCCUCCCGUGCUCUCUCUCUCUCUCUCUCUCUCUCUCUCUCCCUCCUAGGCGACCCUCGUCGCGACGACCAUGUUCAUCGCCCAUCUUGUCAACCACUCGGUCGUAUGGGAGGCAUUGGCCCUCGAAAUGUUCUUCACCUUGCUCACGGACCCGACCGACGACUCGGUUGAGAUCGCCGUCACCUUCAUGCGCGAGGUCGGCGCGACCCUCAGCGACUCGUCGGCCCGCGCGACGAACCAGAUCUUUGACGAGUUUCGCAAGAUCCUAAACGAGAGCAGCAUCUCGAAGCGCGUGCAGUACAUGGUCGAGGUCCUAUUCCAGGUCCGUCGCGACAAGUUCGAGCAACAUCCCAAAAUUGACGAAGGGCUCGAUCUGGUCGAGGAGGACGAUCUCAUCGUGCACAACAUCGAACUCGACGACGCCGACAUCAAGGUCCACGAGAUGCUGAACGUGUUCAAGUUUGAUCCCAACUAUGAGGAGAAUGAGGCCAUGUAUUCCGAAAUGAAGCGCGAUAUUCUGGGUGAUUCGGAGGACGAGGACGAAUCGGCCGAGGACGGCGAUACCGAAGACAGCGACGAGGAGGACAACGAAAGCGAGCCCGACGAUGGGAUCAAGGCCGAUGGAACGGUCGACGUGCAUGAUCAGACCGGCGCCAAUCUCGUCAACUUGCGCCGCACGAUUUACCUCACGAUCAUGUCCGCGCUCGACUUUGAGGAAGCCGUGCACAAGCUGUUGAGGAUCCACCUACCCGAUCACCAGGCCGGCGAGAUGUGCAACAUGAUCAUCGAAUGCUGCUCGCAGGAACGCACCUACAGCAAGUUUUACGGCUUGAUGGGCGAGCGCUUCGCCAAGCUGAAUCGCAUGUGGACCGAUGCGUACGAGCAAUGCUUUCAGACCUACUACGAGACGAUCCAUCGCUACGAGACGAACCGACUGCGCAACAUUGCGCGCUUCUUUGGGCAUCUGCUGGCGACGGAUGCGAUCGCGUGGUCCGUCUUGGAACACAUCAGGAUGAACGAGGACGAUACGACAAGUUCGUCGCGUAUCUUUGUCAAGAUCAUGUUCCAGGAGGUGACGGAAGGGAUGGGAUUGAAGAAGCUGAAGGAGCGUCUAGCCGAGGAAUCGAUGCAACCUUACCUCACGCACAUCUUUCCCAUCGACAACCCCAAAAACACGCGUUUCUCGAUCAACUUUUUCACUUCGAUCGGCUUGGGUGCCAUCACCGAAGAGAUGCGCGAGCACCUCAAGCGAGCGCCGCAGAUCAUGCUCGAGCAGCGUCGCGCGAUGGAGGCCGAAGACUCGUCCGACUCGGACACGACCUCUUCGUCCGAAUCGUCCCUCUCCUCCUCUUCUCUGUCCUCGUCUUCAUACGACUCGCGUCGUCGCGGUGGAGCCAGGAAAGGUCGUUCAAGAUCCCGAUCCUACUCUUCGAGGUCCCGUUCUCCUUCCCGUUCCCCCGUUCGUCGGGACGGCAAGAGCGCGAACGUACCUCGACGUCGAUCCCCUUCCUUUUCUCGUUCCCGUUCUCGUUCCCGUACACGUUCGGUGACCCCUCUCCCUCGUCGUCGAUACGAUUCGAGGUCGCCCCCUCCCCAUUCACGCUACCGCGAUGACUCGCGAUCACCGCCUCGUCGACGAGGAUCGCCACCACCGCUGCGUCGAGGAAGGGACGAUUCCCGAUCGCCUCCCCCGACAAAGAGGCGAUCCCCUUCGCCUGGCCGAAGCAAGGAUGGUGGAGCAGUAGGUGGUGGUGGUGGGGGAUCGUUCAUACAUCCUUCUCGCUUGGCAUUGCAACAAGGUGGUGGAGGAGGAGGAGGACAGGGAGGACCUCGAGGUGGUGGAAACGAUCGUUAUGGCAAUGGGCCACCUCGAACAGGCUACCAAAAUCGUGAAACAGGGUUGGGCUACGAUAGGGGAAAUGCACGAGGGUUCAAUAAUGCCCCACCGAGGGAUAAUGGCUAUGGAAAUCGAGGAGGCGGCGGUGGUGGAGCUCGCUAG